UUUGACAUUUGUUGUCUGUUGACAUAAUAAAAGUGCAUUAAUUACAAUUUGGAAAUCAGGAUUCAGAAUUUUGUUAAUUGAUGUUUAUAAGUAUAAUUCUGAUUAAAUUAUAAACCAUGUCGGCUUCACCUCCUACAAAACCCCCUAGAGGGGUAAAACAGGGCAAAGAAACGAGUGGUCUAUUGAUGUCUGUUAUUCGCACAUUAUCAGCGAGUGAAACAAAUGAACAGAGAGAGAAAGAGAGAGCCAAACUUGAGAAGGAAUAUAAGAAGAGUGAUGCGAGGCUCGAUGAGCUUGUAGCAGCACAUGCUAAUGAAAUUACCGAGGUUAUGCAGAAAUUCAGCACAGUGGGUGCAGCGCUCAGCGCGUGGGGUCAGCACUGUUCGGCCGCUGAGGCUCGACUGUCAGCGUGUCGAGCGCUGUUGCGUGUGCGCAGGGACGACUUGCGGCGACUGUGGGCGGACGCUCGCACGCAUCAUCAUGCGUUACGGAUGUUGACUGAUAUUGAACGUGUGGUAGUAAGCGAGCGUGAAGCCCGCGAACUAGCGGCACGAAAGCGUGUAGUUGGCGCGGCGCAUGCUCUUCACGCUGCUCUAGCAACCGCAAGAGAGCAUCUACCGCACGUGUCUGCGUUGUCUGCUACCACCAAACAUUUAGAGGUUAAAAAAAUUGAAUUAGUGGACAUAAUAGUGCGUAACUUGAACGACGCGGUGUACAAAGACGAUCGCACGCCGCUCAACAGGCGCGUGUCUGCGAGACGCCGUACUGCGUUGCUGCUUGCGGAGUUAACAAAGAGCGAGGAGCUCACAGACGCGUAUUUGCAAGACAUAACACCGGAAUAUGAAGCGUCACUAACUGAAGACGAUAUGACGUUCGAAACUACAGUGUUGAUAUCGAUGGAGGCUCUGGGAGUGUUGGGACAGUUGAAGGAGGCUACGGAGAAAUUCAAAGUCCAGAUCCAGAACGAAUUACUCGAAGUGAUCGACGUCGUUUCUCGCCGCAUAAUCGACGACGAUCUCGACGACCGCGACGACGACAACGACGGCGAGGGUGAGGGGGAGGCGGAGUGGGGGGAGCUGCUCGAGGGGGAGGGGGAGGAGCUCGCUGAGGGAGGGGGGAGGCUCGCCUGCCUCGUGGGGUCGCUGAGGGAGGAGUUUAAGGCUUGCGGCAUGCGGCAUAAGAGAUUGAUUCAAGUAUGGCGCGCUGCGUUACAGAAACAUAAGAUACCGGACUCGUGUCUUCACACCGAACAACAUUACUGGAGCGCUGUUCAACAAGUGAUGCAGCUCCUCUUAACAGAGUACUUACAGAUAGAGAGUGUGAGUCUCUCAGAGGCUCGACGCGGAGUUAGUAGGGCUGCUCCUCCUGACUUGAAACUAUCUGACUAUUUUAGUAAGAAAAAACCGCAGAGACGGCGGGAAAAACUGUUUAAACUUACAGCGGCGACCCCCGUGUUGAGUGGGCCGGCGCAGCGGCGCCAGCGCUACCCGCUGGUGUGCGCGCCGCACCCCGCGCUGCUGCACGCCGCGCUGCCCGCGCUGCACGCGCUCUGUGCGCACCUCGACCGUGGCGGUGAAUGUUCCCUACGCGCAUUUAUAACGGACUACGUGCGGUGGGGUGAAAGUGAGCGACUCGCGAAUGCUGCGCGUGCGCAUAUUGAUUCGGCCAUGAAUGCGCCUUCUGCGUGGCGGGAACGGGCUGUCGUUACUGCUACCAACGGCGAGCAGCGCACAGUGUUCGCGUGCGCGUCGCGCGCGUGGGUCGCAGUGCGGCGCUGCGGCGCGGCCGCCGUGCGCUGCGGCCCGUGCGGCGGGCCGGCCGCCGCGCGCGCUGCUGCCGCUGCACUGGGGGCGCUAGCUGCGCACGCGCGGGCGGCGCACGCCAGACUGGCGCCUGCGCACCCGGCGAGGGCUGCGCGGUGGCUGGCGGAUGAUGAUAUCGUGCGGUUUCUACAAGCACUGCCGAAUUAUAAACUAUUAGAGAAUACACAGGAUGAUGCGCCACCUACUCAGCAGGAAUUAAAAGCAGCCUACGAGCGUGAAGCUGAAAUCCUCGGUUCGAGUCUCGGCGAUGGUGAAGUUACUAUCAAGGAGAUCGUCAGCGACAUGCAUCAACUUGAAGAGCUCGCUUUGCUUGCUGAAACUAUGGAGUGGAUAAGCGCUAACAUUCUAGCACUUCCCAGCACAAUGAGUCCAGCUUUGCAACUGUCAGAUAAGUUUGUGAACGACUUGAACGCUGCGGCGGCCAUCUUUACUGAGAUAUCGCAUAAGUGCUUGCUGUUCUUGCAUUUGGAGAUGCGUAUCGAAUGCUUCCACUACUUGGGCCAAGAGGGCGGUGAGGGUGAAGCGGGUGAAGCGGGCGGGGCCGCGCGACUUGCUGCCAGUCUGCUGGCCUUCCACGAUCUGGCGAGAUUGGCGCCGCAACGGCUUGCUUACAUAAUGAACGGCAUUGGGGAGAUGAUGUCAGCGGCGGUAGUGUGGCGCUGGCAAUCAGAGCGCGGUGCCACAGCAACCAGCGCCGGGCUCGCGGGCGGUGCUGCGGAGAGACUCGCAGCGCUGAGACACUGUCUCGCAGCGCUGCGACUGCCGCACGACGGGCUGCACGCUGCACAUGCGUACUUGCACUUGCUGGCUUGCACGCCCGAGGAAAUAAUAGCGUCGGUCCGCGAGAAGGGCCCGCAGUUCUCCGAGCUGGAGUACUUGAAUGCGUUCAAGGUGAUCGGCGCGCGACGCUCGCUGCCCGCCGCCGACAUGCGCGCGCAUCUCAAGCAGCUGUCCGCCGCGCUCGGGCACGUGGGGGUCACUGUGUAG